AUGUCACAAGCGAAAACCGGAACCGUCGGUGCAGGUGGCUCACGGGAUAAAGAGGCCCUUCUAAAAAGCUACCAAAAACGCCUUAAAGAUGAUAUCCGAGCGAUGAUCGACAAUUUCCAGGAAAUCCUGAAAAGCAGUAAAGUUCCUACUGCUGACGAAGAAGGGCAGCGAACGUUACAGGUUCUGAGACAACUUCAAUGUACCGAAGAUCAAUACGAGAUGAGUGUGCGGGCAGCCAAUAUGGUCCGCGCUGGGGAAAAACUCGUCAGAUUGAUCGCUGAUAUUAAGCAGUAUUUGAUCCUUAAUGAUUUUCCCUUCAUCAACGAUGCUAUCCAAGCGUCGGGGCAGAGGUUCUGCAACGUUCAGCAUGAGUGUGAUCAACGCCUGAUGGCCUUAAGAGACGAUAUGGCUGCCGAAUUGUAUGAACUCGAGGAGGAGUACUACUCCUCAGUCUAUAAAAGCCCCCCAACUCCCACAAAUAAGUGA